AAAUGUAAACAAAAUAAACUACAGUCAUAUUUCUAGACAUCUGCCGUUUGACAUUUUGUCAAAUUUAUAUAUCAAAAGAAGAAGAGAAAAGAAUUGAGAAAAUGCCGCUUUCCUGCCGUUUCUACAAAGAGAAGUAUCCCGAAGUCGAAGACGUGGUGAUGGUGAACGUAAGAUCCAUCGCAGAAAUGGGAGCCUACGUCCACCUUCUGGAAUACAACAACAUCGAAGGUAUGAUUUUACUUUCCGAAUUAUCCAGAAGACGCAUUCGUUCGAUCAACAAGCUAAUCAGGGUGGGCAAAACCGAACCGGUCGUCGUGAUUCGGGUGGACAAAGACAAGGGCUACAUCGACUUGUCCAAGAGACGCGUCAGCGCCGAGGACAUAGACAAGUGCACCGAAAGAUUCGCCAAAGCCAAGGCGGUCAAUUCGAUUCUGAGACACGUGGCCGAACUACUAAAAUUCGACGCCGACAACCAACUGGAGGAUCUGUACCAGCGCACCGCCUGGUACUUCGAGGAGAAGUACAAGAAGCAGAAGGCCUGCGCCUAUGACUUCUUCAAGGAGGCGGUUAACGACCCGACCAUUUUGGAGGAGUGCGACCUGGACAAGGAGACCAAGGAGGUCCUGUUGAGCAACAUCAAAAUAAAGUUGACCAACCAGGCGGUGAAAAUCAGGGCUGACAUCGAGUGCGCCUGUUACGGGUACGAAGGUAUCGAUGCGGUUAAGGCCGCCUUGACUUGCGGACUUGCACUUUCCACGCCGGAGUUGCCCAUUAAGAUCAACCUGAUAGCUCCGCCGUUGUACGUCGUAACCACGUCGACUCCGGAGAAGGCUGAGGGUUUGAACAUACUGAACGUGGCCAUUGAGGCCAUAAGGACCAAGAUAGGAGAACUGGGCGGCGUGUUCAAGAUACAAAUGGCUCCGAAAGUGGUCACGGCAACCGACGAAGCCGAACUGGUGAAGCAAAUGGAGCGGGCCGAGUUGGAAAACGCCGAAGUCUCAGGUGACGACGACGAAGACGAAGAACAGGAGGAAGGUCAGGAGUAUAGUGAGGUUGAAGGAGAAGGUGGUGACGCAAAAAAACUUGACUAACUCUACAUCAUUAACAAAAAUGUUGCUUGUAAUAAGAAUUAAUUUUAAUUAGUGUCCUUGUGGGUGUACUUAAUAAAGCAUCUAUUUUGCCUUAGUUUGA